AUGGCCACCAAACCCGACACCGAUCAUAUCGAGUUGAGUGAACCGGCAUUCCUCAAGCUCGAACGGGAGUUGUCUGCCUGGAGUCUGCUUCGAAAGCAUCAGCGAGCACUGCUUAUUUCUACUAUCUCGUUCACCUCGGCUGCCCUUUUCGGCUAUGACACCAUGUGUAACGGAGCCGGGGUCGCCAUGCCUGCCUUUAUCCUAUACUUCGGAAAAAUCGAUGCCGCGGGUAGCUGGUAUCUUCCUUCAAUCUGGGCUUCUCUUUGGACCUCUAUGUCUGCCCUCGCACAAGCACUAUCGGCAGCAAUGACAGGAGCCCUCGCCGACAGAAUCGGGAGAAAAUGGUGCGGCGUUAUGAGUGGAGUAAUUUCUCUCGCCGGUGCAGCCGUACAAUAUACAGCGCAGACACCCAGCGCUUUGCUGGGUGGUAAGAUUGUUGUUGGGUUGGGUAUCGGUAUCACAAUGGCGACAGGAACAACAUAUGCUUCAGAGGUUGUACCUCCGAGAUUGGUCCCCAUUAUCCAAAAGGCUCUUGUCGUCUUCAUCCUGAUUAUGCAAGCUGUUGCCAUGGGAAAGCACGCUUUCCGUACUGUCUUUGCGAUUCAAUUUGCACCUGCUGCAUUGGUCAUUGUUGCUUAUUUCCUAGCCCCUGAAUCACCGGUAUUUUUAAUAAUGACCAACAACAAUGAAAAAGCAGAGAAGGCAAUGAGUAUGCUUUACCGCCAGGAAUGUGAACGGGACGAGCGAUAUGCCUACCUUGUCCAAACGAUUGCAGAGGAACGUGCGCGGAACGCUGAGCACGCAAGCUAUCUUGAAUGCUUCCAAGGCUGUAACCUGAAGAGAACACUCACCAUGAUGUUUCUUUUUGCUGCUGUCAAUAUUGGUGGAGGACCAUUCUUGGCACAGUCGAUUUAUUUCCUUAUCACCGUGGGACUUCCAGUUGUGCACAUUUUCGACAUCUCUGUUGGCGGCUUCGGACUUGCGAUAAUCGUUAUCAUAGCUGCCGAGCUCGGGAUGAGCAAGAUCCCUCGCGAUAAGGUCUUUGCUGGAGGGUGCUUAAUCAACUUCGGUAUCAUGUUGACUAUUGGAUGCCUAUAUUACGCCAAAGGAACCGGUCCUACUUGGACAAUUGCUGUUCUAAUGAACGUUUUAAUCUCACUAGAGGCCGCUUUUAUGCAAGCACCGGGCUGGAGUAUUGCAGCUGAGAUCUCCAGUCUGCGUCUUCGCGCCAAAUCCAUGUCCCUUGGUAUUAUGGCCCAGACCUUAUCUACUUGGAUAUUCACUUUCACUGUCCCAUACAUGUACAAUGUGGAUUCGGGCAAUCUAGGAGCGCGGACAGGCUUUGUCUUUGCGGGAACCUCAGUUUUGCUCAUCUGGGGAGCUUUGACUAUUGUCCCAAAUACUACAGGACUUUCACCUGGUGAUAUCGACGACCUGUACGAGACUCGCGUGCCAAUCCGGGAAUUCUCUCAGCGCCGCCAAGCUCUUAUUCAGUCUGUUUGA